UUCCCUGUCAUUGACCUGACCAAGCUACCCCAUUUUCCCAGUAUCACCCCAACCACAAUAGAUUGCUCUUCGCCUGCUUCUUCUUCCCUUCGAAGUGUUUCCCAACUUUUUGUGAUGGAGGAAAAUGUGGACCCUGAACACCAGAUGAUUUUUGAAGAUCCAAAAAGCAUGCAGAUUGAUCCUAAAAGAGCACGGUUUCCCUACUGCAUUGUCUGGACACCCCUUCCUGUAAUAUCAUGGCUGAUUCCUUUCAUUGGCCAUAUUGGCAUAUGUAGAGAGGAUGGAGUAAUCCUGGACUUUGCAGGGCCUAAUUUUGUGUGUGUUGACAAUUUUGCAUUUGGUGCUGUGACUCGUUACAUACAGAUUGACAAAAAAAAGGAAUGUUCCAUUUCUCUCCAUCCAUCUGUAUUCAAAAGUCAGGAUGAUGAGUACGACCUGGAUCUAACUCAAAGAGAGACAUGGACAUGGGAUGAUGCAUUACGGAAGAGCACACAGGAAUUUCAACAUCACUCAUACAGUCUUUUUACUUGCAAUUGCCACUCUUUUGUUGCCAACAGCCUAAACCGAUUGGGUUUUCAUUCUGGUGGGUGGAAUGUGGUGAACCUCGCUGCUUUGAUGUUCAUCAAGGGUCAUUGGGUCAGUACAGGAUCAAUGGUGCGAUCUUACUUACCAUUUGUUGUGGUAUGUGGUAUGGGACUGGUAUUUGGUGGCUUGACCUUUCUAACUUUUUUGGCCUUCUUCACCUUCCUUCUAGUGGGUUGGUUUCUUCUUGGUACCUAUUGUUUUAAGAAUUUGAUCCAAUUGUAGCCUUUCUGUUAUCUGAUCUUCUUCCUGUAUAAGAAUGUAGUUAAGCAAACUUGUAGUUCAGGUGUAUACACAAUUGAAACUAUGAAUAGCUGCUCUACUUUCUCUGUGUACAUUCGAGGUCUGCUGUCUCUGCUUUCUUCAGAACGUCCGAUGAACACAUUUCUCUAUUGUUCCCAGAACAUCCAACACCUUUGCUUCGAACUUGGAGAUCAUGUAUUCUAAUA